AUGGAAGGCAGAGAGAAAAGAGGGAAGGACCAGGGAAACAGAGUUUGUUUGUGUGAGCUUUAUAUAAACUUCCACAACUGUCUUCGGGGAAUCCCUACACAUGGAGGGUCCCGAUGGAAGACUCACACCAAUUCUGUUCCAGUUGUCCCAUGUGAGUGA